AAAAUAUUUUGAUUUUGUCUUUAUGUUUCAUUUUUUCUGAUUAUGGUUACAAUAAAUUAUUCAAUGUUUUUAUUAAUUUUUACUAUAAUUUCAUUGAGUUUUGAUCAGUUUAAUUGUAAUGGAGGUUUAGUUGAUUUAAAUAUUGGUAACGAAAGAAACACAAAAAUAGUUAAAUGCGAUUUUGUGGACGUCUUUCAAUUCUUGACCGUUAACUUUGUUGAAGUAAAAAAUGUAAUCAACAAAAAUACAUGCGAUUUGAAACCAGUUUUAAACAAAAUUGAUUACUUCGAGAAAGAAUACAAGAAUCUGGACAACAAAUUAGACAAACUGUUAGACAUUGUCAACAAUAUAGACAAAAAGGUUCAUCAAUGCUGUGGUAGUGGUAGUCAUCAUAUAUGUAAAGAAGCGAAAGAAAUCAUCGAAGCCUUUACCAAACAACUGAAGAAAGUCAAUGAUCGCGAUAUAAAAAAAUUAGUUGAAUUUAUUACCCGUUAUGUGACUGCACUGGCAUGUAGUCAACGAUUCCCACACCAAGAAUAUUGCGGUGCCUGGAAGUGGCUCUUUGAAUACAUAUGCAAACAAUCAGUCUUUUGCGGCGGAUGUUCAGAAAAACAACGUCUCAUCGAUGCCAUCAACCAAAAGGCCAAAUGUCCAGAGUUUUCGUGUCGUUCAUAACAAGUCUGAUAUUUCAUUAACUAUAAGAUUAACAGUAUUUUAUCGGAAAUCAGACCCAAUAUUCCGGUUUUAUGGACUUCAGAAAUAAUAUACUAUUUUUUUAUUUUCUAAUUUAACAAAUUUAUUAUCAAAAAAUUAUUUUUGUGAGUUUGUAAAUAUUUUAUUAUAUUAAAUACAUAAAUAAAAUGAUCUA